GGCCGGACCCCCAUUCCACCCUGUCUGAGCUGGCAGUCAGCGGUUCCUGCGGUGGCUCCCCAGCUCCGCUUGGCAGCCCGGAGGGCGCCCAAGAUCGGGGUGCAGCGCUCGGCGGGCGGGAGCAUGGCUGUGUCGCGCGCUGGGCUUCUCUGCCUCCUGGUGACCGGGCCCCUGCUCUCGGAGGCCGCCCAAAUCCUGACCUUGUCUUUACUGGGGGGUAGCCAUUAUCUACUGAUGGAUCAAGUGUCUCAAAUUCUUCAAGAUCAUGGUCAUAAUGUGACCAUGUUGCAACAAGAUGGAAUUUCUUUGAUUUCAGAUUUUAAAAAGGGAAACAAACCUUACCAAGUGAUCAGCUGGCUUCCACCUGAAAAUUACCAAGAAGAAUUUAUGAAUUAUUUCAAUUUCUUUGUCGAAGAAGCUUUCAAUGGCAGAUCAACAUUUGAAGAUUAUUUAAAGUUGAUAGAGAGUCUCGCGACUCAGUGCACUCAUCUGCUAAGAAGGAAGGAUAUCACGGAUUCCUUAAAGAACGAGAACUUUGACCUGGUGGUCGUGGAGAUUUUUGACUACUGUCCUUUGCUGGUCGUUGAGAAGCUUGGUAAACCCUUUGUAGCUAUUCUUCCAUCCUCCUUUAACACUGUGGACAUCGGCUUACCCAGCCCUGUGUCUUAUGUCCCCAUAUACUACUCUCUGCUGACUGACCGCAUGGACUUCUGGGGACGAGUGAAGAAUCUCGUGAAGUUCUUUGAUUUUUCUAAGAAGCAAUGGCAAGUCCAUUCUCAGUAUGACAACAUCAUAAGGGAGCAUUUCCCAGAAGACUCGAGACCAGUAUUGUUUGAUCUUGUACGGAAAGCAGAGUUAUGGUUUAUUAACUCUGACUUUGCCUUUGAUUUUGCCAGGCCCCUGCUUCCUAAUACGGUGUAUGUUGGAGGUCUAAUGGCCAAAGCCGUUAGACCCGUGCCACAAGACCUUGAGAAUUUCAUAGCCAAGUUUGGAGACUCUGGUUUUAUCCUUGUGACCCUGGGCUCCAUGCUACAUAACUAUCAGAUCCAGGAUAUCCUCAAGGAGAUGAACAAGGCCUUUGCUCAUCGUCCUCAAGGAGUGAUAUGGAGAUACAAGACUUCGGAGUGGCCCAAAGAUGUGCAAUUGGCAGCAAAUGUGAAACUUGUGGACUGGCUUCCCCAGAGCGACCUCCUGGCUCAUCCUAGCAUCCGUCUUUUUGUCACCCACGGUGGACAGAAUAGCAUCAUGGAAGCCAUCCAACACGGUGUGCCCGUGGUGGGGAUUCCACUCUUUGGAGACCAGCCUGAAAACUUGGUCCGAGUCGAAGCCAAACACUUAGGCGUUACUAUGUCAUUAAAGCAGCUCAAGGCAGAAACAUUGGCUCGCAAGAUGAAACAAGUCAUGGAGGACAAGAGGUACAAGUCGGCAGCCAUGGCCGCCAGCAUCAUCAGGCGCUCCCACCCGCUGAGCCCCUCCCAGAGGCUGGUGGGCUGGAUCAACCACAUCCUGCAGACAGGGAAUGGGGCACACCUCAAGCCCUUUGUUUUCCAGCAGCCUUGGUAUGAGCAGUACCUGCUGGACGUCCUCUUGUUCCUGCUGGGGGUCGCCCUCGGCUCCAUGUGGCUUUGUGGGAAGUUGCUGCGCGUGAUGGCCAGCUGGCUGCGUGGGUCCCAGAAGCUGAAACAGAUGUGAUAGGAGAUUCCCGGGUUGGCUGUGCAGGGGACUCACCGUUCCUUGGAAAGGCUUCCGUCAGCACAAGCCACGCGCAGUGAUCUCCUGACUCCUCCAUUGGCUGGUGAUUCUGCAUUUGCUUCUCAACAUUGGCUUCCUCUAUUCUGAGAUGCUGAAAUGCUCUACUUUCCGGCGUAUCACCGGGUCCGGUGUGAAUCGGGGCACCUCCGCUCAGCCAACCCUGCCUUUCUCGUCACUCCCGUGUCCUCGACACGGUUCUCAGGCCAUUUCAUCUUCCUUAUGUAAUCUCUCCCCAUUUCUCCUCCCAUUGCUUUUAUUUUUUUUUAAUGAAGGUGCAUUGCAGCUGUGUGAAUAACAGAGGCAAACUGGAAACUACCAACAUGUCUACUAACGGCGAACAGUUAGACAAAUGGCUACAUCCAUACCUGGGAAUGCUUUUUAACAAUCAUAAAUCAUAAAUAUCAAUGGCUGAUGCACGCAACUACCUGAAGGGUUCUCCAGAGAAUUAUGCUGAGUAAAAAAACAAAAACACGUUCCAAAGGAUUUAUAUUAUAGGAUAGUAUUUAUACAGCAUUCUUGCACUGACAAAAUUGUCGAAUAAGAAAGCAGAAGGAGGGUCCCAGGGUUUAGUGAGUCAUUGUGUGAUUGAAGUGGAUGUUCCCAUAAAAAGGUUCAAUGAGGGACCCCAGUGGUGCUGAAAAUAUUCUGUCUCCUGACUGGAUCAAUAUCAGUAUCCCAGCCAUGCAUGAUCCUGGGCUGCCGUUCUGUGAGCUGUUACCAUGGGUGGGGGUUGUGGGGGGCGGAACUAGAUAAAGGCACAAUGGGAUACUUUACAUUCUUUCUUACAACUGCAUGUGAAUCCACAUUUAUCUCCCAAUGGAGACUUCCAUUUGAGAAAACAUAAAGGCUAAACUUGCUUGCUGUGUUCUCUGGCCCCCUUUCUUGGCAUUGAGGGCUCUUGGCCUGGGAGGCUUUGCUAUUGUUCUCAUCUGGAACCCCAGGGUCUCUACUGCUUCCCCACAACACGCUUCUGAGGGCUUCUCUAAAUAUGGCAAAGGGGUCUGCUGCGUGCCAGCCUCAUACGGGAGCAGACAAAGCAUUUUCUUAGCAGAUUUCCAUCACUUUUAAUUAAAAAUACAUAUGUCUGGAUUCCUCAUUCGAGACACAAAAGCCAAAUCAUGAAAUAGGGAGCUAAAAACAAUGAGUACAAGAAAGAAGGAAACGUUCUAAAAUUGAUUGUGGUGAUGAUUAUCCAAUGCUUCUUGAUAGGCUUGAACUAUUGAAUUGUCUGAUAUGUAGAUUAUGUGCCAAUAAAACUGCUUUUAUUAAAGCUAAACCAUGAAAUAAAAACCUUAGAUCAA